AGCCCCCCUUUCCCCACAUACACCCGUCCAGAGCCACCUUAAAAGCAGGAGGCAGUUGUAAAGUCGCUGGCCAGCUAGUGGAGUGGAGACCGCAGAGGGAGAUAAAGAGAGAGGGCAGAGAAAGAGGCAGCAAGAGAUUUGUCCUGGGGAUCCAGAAACCCAUGGUACCCUACUGAACACCAAAUCCCCUGGAAGCCCACAGAGACAGAAACAGCAAGAGAAGCAGAGAUAAAUACACUCACGCCAGGAGCGCUCUCUCUCUCUCUCCCUCUCUCUCUGCCUGUCCUAGUCCUCUAGUCCUCAAAUUCCCAGUCCCCUGCACCCCUUCCUGGGACACUAUGUUGUUCUCCGCCCUCCUGCUGGAGGUGAUUUGGAUCCUGGCUGCAGAUGGGGGUCAACACUGGACAUAUGAGGGCCCACACGGUCAGGACCAUUGGUCAGCCUCUUACCCUGAGUGUGGAAACAAUGCCCAGUCGCCUAUCGAUAUUCAGACAGACAGUGUGACAUUUGACCCUGAGUUGCCUGCUCUGCAGCCCCACGGAUAUGACCAGCCUGGCACCGAGCCUUUGGACCUGCACAACAAUGGCCACACAGUGCAACUCUCUCUGCCCUCUACCCUGUAUCUGGGUGGACUUCCCCGAAAAUACGUAGCUGCCCAGCUCCACCUGCACUGGGGUCAGAAAGGAUCCCCAGGGGGGUCAGAACACCAGAUCAACAGUGAAGCCACAGUUGCAGAGCUCCACAUUGUACAUUAUGACUCUGAUUCCUAUGACAGCUUGAGUGAGGCUGCUCAGAGGCCUCAGGGCCUGGCUGUCCUGGGCAUCCUAAUUGAGGUGGGUGAGACUAAGAAUAUAGCUUAUGAACACAUUCUGAGUCACUUGCAUGAAAUCAGUCAUAAAGAUCAGAAGACCUCGGUGCCUCCCUUCAACCUAAGAGAGCUGCUCCCCCCACAGCUGGGGCAGUACUUCCGCUACAAUGGCUCGCUCACAACUCCCCCUUGCUACCAGAGUGUGCUCUGGACAGUCUUCUAUAGAAGGUCCCAAAUUUCAAUGGAACAGCUGGAAAAGCUUCAGGGGACAUUGUUCUCCACGGAAGAGGAGCCCUCUAAGCUUCUGGUACAGAACUACCGAGCCCCUCAGCCUCUCAAUCAGCGCAUGGUCUUUGCUUCUUUCAGCCAAGCGGGAUCCUUGUAUACCACAGGUGAAAUGCUGAGUCUAGGUGUAGGAAUCUUGGUUGGCUGUCUCUGCCUUCUCCUGGCUGUUUAUUUCAUUGCUAGAAAGAUUCGGAAGAAGAGGCUGGAAAACCGAAAGACUGUGGUCUUCACCUCAGCACGAGCCACGACUGAGGCAUAAAUUCCCUCUCAGAUACCGUGGAUGUGGAUGACUUCCCCUAAUGCCUAUCGGGAAGUCUCUAAAACGGAGUGUAGGGUCUGGCCAGAAACACUGUAGAAGUAGUAGGCAGACGUCCUCCUUCCCCUGGACAUCUCCUACAGAGAGGAAUGGACCCAGGCUGUCAUUCGAGGAAGAACUGCAGAGCCUUCAGCCUCUCCAAACAUGUAGGAAAUGAGGAAAUCCCUGUGUUGUUAAUGCAGAGAACAAACUCUGUUUAGUUGCAGGGAUAUAUCCCAAAGUCCGCUACCCCCUCACUUUUAUGGCCCUUUCCCUAGAUAUACUGCAGGAUCUCUCCUUAGGAUAAAGAGUUGCUGCUGAAGUUGUAUAUUUUUGAUCAAUAUAUUUGGAAAUUAAAGUUUCUGACUUUAA